AUGCCUGACAAGAUUCUCGACGACAUUUCGCACCGUCGCUACAAUCCGCUGACGGAUAGCUGGCUCUUGGUCUCCCCUCAUCGAACAAAGCGGCCAUGGCAAGGACAGCAGGAAGCUGCUGUCGAAAUCAAGCUACCCGAAUACGACUCAAAGUGCUAUCUCUGCCCUCGCAAUACCAGGGCGUCUGGUGACCAUAACCCUGACUAUGAAAAGACGUUUGCCUUUGUCAACGACUACAGCGCUGUCAAAGAGCAACAGCCCGACUAUGAGCCUGAGCCCUCCUCCAAUGAUCUCGGCUCCCUACUCUUACAAGCCAAGAGUGUCAAAGGUGUCUGCUACGUCAUGACAUUUUCGCCAAAGCAUCAUCUCACGCUGGCCGACAUGCCAGGUUCCGAUAUUUUGCCCUGUAUUGACCAUUGGACGCGGAUUUACGCAAACCACUUGUCCGCUUCAAGUCCGCUCCUUGAAGUGGCAAACAAGCUCCAGCUCUCGGUUUCGCGCCAGCAAGCCCCAAUACCGAACGACGAGUAUCGCUACAUGCAAAUAUUCGAGAACAAGGGCGCCGCCAUGGGUUGCUCCAAUCCCCACCCGCACUGCCAGAUCUGGACCACAUCGACCAUGCCCGAAGAGCCCGGCAAAGAGAUUGCGCAGAUGAGCAAAUACCAGAAACAGCACGGCCGCCACCUCCUCGCCGACUACACCAAGCUGGAGCUCGAGAAGCAGGAGCGCAUCGUCUGGCAAAACAAAGGCUUCCUCGUCGUCUGCCCCUGGUGGGCUGUCUGGCCAUUCGAGGUCCUUGUGCUCCCCAAGCGUCAUAUCCGUGCCCUGGUAGACUGUACGGACGAGGAGCGUAUUCAGUUUGCGGAGACGAUUCAGGAGGUUACGCGCCGCUACGACAACCUGUUUGAGUGCAGCUUCCCCUAUAGCUCUGGCAUUCACCAAGCGCCUCUGCAGGGCACCGAGGAAGAGGUUGAAAACUCGUACCUCCACAUGCACUUUUACCCGCCGCUACUGCGAUCCGCCACGGUGCGCAAGUUUCUCGUCGGCUUCGAGCUCAUGGCCGAGCCUCAGCGUGACAUAACGCCGGAACAGGCAGCCGCUCGUCUGCGCGACUGCGGCGGCGAGAUCUAUAGAGGUCGAAGCGAAUGA